AUGUCAUCUACACCAUCCAGUCCAAUAAAGAACGUAAGUUCAGAUAGUGGUUCCUCAGAAAUCAGAUUGAGAAAAGAAAUCAAACGAACUAUUUUGGAUUUCGAUAGUAAUAGCUCUUAUAUUGAAGAAGAAGACAAAACUUAUAUCUAUACAAAUUCCAGCAUAAUAGAUGAAGAUGAUGAAAUGGAAGAUGAUGAAGAGGAAGAUGUAAGUGGAGAAUUGUUGAAUGGAGAAGACGAUGAUUUGGAUAGCACUGAAGUUGAAGGUGAGGAUAAUGUUGAUGAAGACGAUGACGAUUCCAGCACUGUUUUGGAAAAGUUAGAUGGCGUUAGUUCUAAAGACGAAAAGAAGCAAGAAUUUACCCAACCAUUAACAUUCUAUCAAUUCCUUAAGAAACAUGAAAUACCUAGAAAAAUUUUCCACUCUUCAAUCGGUGUUUUGACUUUAUGGUUAUACACAUUGGGUGUUACGAUCAAUCAGUUAUUUAUCCCAUUGGGUACUUGUUUCAUGGGUGUUUUGAUUAAUGAUCUUGUGCGUUUAAACAAUCCUAAACUUAAUGAAAAAAUCUGUCAUGUUAUGUCAUUUAUGAUCAGAGACAGUGAGUAUGAUUCAUACAACGGUACUUUGUUCUAUUUAGCUGGUGUUUUGAUUGUACUUUAUAUGUAUCCAAAGGAUAUCUCUGUUUUGAGUAUUCUAUUAUUAAGUUGGGCCGACACUUCCGCUUCUACAUUUGGUAGAGCUUUUGGCAAAUACACUCCUAAAAUCAGUAAGGGUAAAUCAUUGGCUGGUUGUUUGGCUAGUUGUGUGACUGGUAUUAUCACCAGUUACUUGUGGUAUGGAUAUUUCAUUCCAGCUUAUAAUAAUGUCAACAAACCAGGUGAAAUUUAUUGGAACGAACAAACAAACAAUUUGAGUUUGAAUGUUUUCUCAUUAGCAGUUGGUAUUAUUACCAGUUUGUCUGAAGCUGUGGAUUUUGCCGGAAUUGAUGAUAAUUUUACCAUUCCUGUUCUUAGUGGAACUGGUAUUUAUUGGGUUGGUUAG